AUGCAGGCCAACAUUGCCAAGGCAGUGAGUGCAGGAGCAGGGGCCAUCAAGGCCCUCAUGGAGCUUCAGGCUGUCAAGCCCAUGAUGCCAAAGGGCUCCAGCCACAAACUCAGCUGUCUGGCUUUCAUUGCUCACCCCAAGCUUGGGAAGAAGAUUCAAAGCUACAUGGCCAAGGGUCGUAGACUCUGCCAACCAAAGCCUAAGGUUCAAACCAUGGCAGAGGCCAAAACUCCAGCUAAGGCCUCAGCUCCAGUCCAGGCUCCCAAGGGUACCCAGGACCCUGUGAAGGCCCCAUAG